UGCAUGGUGGCGUUGUGAAAGCCGCCUGGUCACACUGUCGAGAACGUGGUUUUGUUUGUUAAUCAUCAUUAUCAAAUUGAACAGCCUCCAGUCUCCAUUGUGAAAUACGCCAUUCCCAGAGUGUCACAGAAAGUGCGAGCGCCGCAUCGAGCCAAGCGAAUCCAAUCAGCGCCACAAUGUCGCACUUCACUUGCCUGAACUGCGAUGCCCGCUUCGCCAGCGCGGAUGUGCAGCGGGAUCACUACAAGACCGACUGGCACCGCUACAAUCUGAAGCGCAGGGUGGCCCAGCUGCCGCCCGUUACGGCCGAGGAGUUCCAGCAGCGCGUGCUCAGCGCCCGCAGCGCCACGGAUGCGGCCCUGGAGGAGCAGAACCUGAGUGUCUACUGCCACGCCUGCAGGCGGCAAUUCGCCAGCCAGAAGGCGCACGACAAUCACCUGAACAGCCGCAAGCACAAGGAGCUGCUGGCCCGCUUCGAGCGGGAGCAGAUGUCAGCCAGUGGCGGCAGCGCCAGCACCACCGCAUCCGUUUGCACGCGCAGCGUCGUGGAGCAGCGGCCCCAUCCCGCCCUGGCCGCCGCAGCCGCUGGCAAGGGUCGACUGGCCUUCGCGGAGCGGGUGGCCAAGGCGGAUGAUGACGAGGAGAUGGUCGACGAGGACGACGAUGACUUCGAGGACAUUGAAGAGGAGGAGGUGGACUCCGAUGAGUGGGACAAGAUACCCGAGAAUCCGCUGACAGAGCGCGACUGCCUGUUCUGUGCACAUGCCAGCGAGGACCUGGUCGAGAACCUAAAGCACAUGUCCGUGGCGCACUCGUUCUUCAUCCCGGACACCGACUACUGCACGGACAUCGAGGGCCUUCUGUACUACUUGGGCGAGAAGGUGGCCAACUACUUCAUCUGCCUGUUCUGCAACGAUCGCGGCAAGACCUUUUACUCACUGGACGCCGUGCGCAAGCACAUGGUCGACAAGGGCCACUGCCAGAUGCUGCACGAGGGCGUGGCCCUGGCCGAAUAUGCAGAGUACUACGACUACAGCAGCAGUUAUCCGGAUAAUAAUGAAGGCAUGGACAUUGACGAAGAGGUGGUACCGGAUCUGCUCGAUGGCGAUGAGUAUCAGCUGGUGCUGCCCUCCGGCGCCGUCAUUGGCCAUCGCUCCCUGCUCCGUUACUACAAGCAGCGUCUCCGUCCGGAGCGCGCCGUGGUCAUCCAAAAGUCCGAUCGCAAGCUGCACCGCGUGCUCAGCGAGUACCGGGCUCUGGGCUGGACGCAAACCCAGCAGCUGUCCGCCGCUCGCAAGGCACGCGACAUCCAUCUGAUGAAGCGCGUCCAGUCCAAGUGGCAGAUGAAGCUCGGCUGCAAGGCCAAUAAGCUGCAGAAGCACUAUCGCGCACAGGUUCUGAUCUAAUCAUCGCCGUUUGGUUUCUAGUUGCUAUUGGCACCCUCACAUGUACAAUAAAAACAAUUUGAGUUUUGCUUAAAUUAAGCAUAUUUGUUUGCUUUCUAUAUUACUAGCGAUUUCUCGUCGAAUAAAAUUACAUAAUUUAAAUUAACAA